UCAAAGUCAGGACCCCUCGUGCGUUGACAAUCGUGAGAUGGGCAGCCUGCGGUGGAGAAAAGUUUCAGUUUCAGCCGGGGCAUACGUGUAAGAACACUGUUUACAUGCCAAGCUACUGAGCAGUGAGAAGAAUGGGGCAGUUUCAGUUUCAACUUCAGCAACUCCGACCAUCUUAUUCAUGCAAAUUCAUGCCCUUGGCUUCUAUUACCCGUCCAAUGAAAUCUCCCACCUUUCCUCCUCAUCCGCCCUCUUCUUCUCAAACACUUACCAAACCCAAUAAAAUCCUUCACUUUCACUCUCUCUCCUCUGCCGCUCGAUCACGCAUAGUAUGCCAGACGAACGGGUCAGAUAUGAUAUCACAGCUGGAACUCGAGAUCCCAAAAGAGAGACGAAAGCCCGGGCGACGUGUAAGCGGGAUAUUCUGGAUUCUACUCCUUAAUAUUGGAAUAUUUGUGGCGGAUCACUUUUUUCAGGUUCGUAGCAUUAAAAGUCUAUACUUGUACCACAGUUGGCCUGCUUGGUAUCAGUUCGUGACAGCAACAUUUUGUCAUGCCAAUUGGAACCACCUUUCAAGCAACCUUUUCUUCUUGUAUAUUUUUGGAAAGCUAGUUGAAGAAGAGGAAGGAAAUUUUGCGUUGUGGCUUUCUUAUAUUCUUACUGGUGUUGGAGCAAACCUUGUUUCAUGGCUGGUUCUACCAAGGAAUGCAGUAUCUGUUGGGGCCUCUGGUGCUGUUUUUGGGUUAUUUACAAUCAGUGUCCUAGUAAAGAUGUCCUGGGACUGGAGGAAGAUCCUUGAAGUGCUUAUAUUGGGUCAAUUUGUUAUAGACAAGGUUAUGGAAGCAGCCCAAGCUUCAACAGUCCGUGGUGGCUAUGCGCUGCAAGGUGUGAAUCACAUUGCACAUCUCUCUGGUGCUCUUGUUGGUGUAUUCCUUGUAUGGAUUCUUAGCAGAGUUCCUUCUCAACCUCCAGGUGGAGAAGGAUCGACUUUGCAUAGGAAUAAGGACAGAACUCAAUAAACAAUUUAAGCAAUUCUAUUUUGUAUGGUUCAUGUUGUUUAAUUCAAGGAGUUAAUUACACGAUUA